ACUGGCGCAAGUGGAACAAACCGGAAGAGGACCUGAAAUCCAUCCACGAAGAAGAACACGUCUGCCACAAAUAUCACCAGAAGAAGAAGAACACAUGCUGACGGGCGUGAUGAGAAGAUAACCGAAUCCACUGUUUAUUAUUUUUUUAAAUUCAUUAGUUAACAAAUAGCGCCGCCAUGUCCGGAGCGUUAGCGCGGCUGCUGUUCUACCCGACGUUAGCCUACAAUGUUGUCAUGGAGAAGAUUACCUCCAGACGGUGGUUUGACCGAGUGGACGAGACGGUGAUUCUCGGAGCGCUGCCGUUCAGGUCGAUGACCAAACAGUUGGUAGAAACAGAAAAUGUUCAUGGUGUUAUCACCAUGAAUGAGGCGUACGAGACCAAAUAUUUCUGCAACUCAGCCGAGGAGUGGCAGGCGGCUGGUGUGGAGCAGCUGAGGCUGAGCACCGUGGAUCUGACCGGCGUUCCCAGUCUGGAGAACCUCCACAAAGGCGUGAACUUCGCUCUGCAGCACAGAGAGCAGGGAACCAGCGUGUACGUCCACUGCAAGGCCGGACGAUCCCGCAGCGCUACGUUAGCUGCUGCGUACCUCAUACGGUUGCACUGCUGGACUCCAGAGGAAGCCUGUCAGAAGCUGGCAUCUGUUCGACCACACGUCCUGGUGCGCUCGGCUCAGCUGGAGAUGCUGAGGACGUACUACCAGCAGGUGUGUGCAGAGUCCAGCUGAGAGAGCAGACCCUCAUUAUGUUCCCACUGAAGCCGGGCGGCUGGACUCCCAAUUAAAGACACAGCUGCUGUGGUUUCAGUCAGUCCUGCAUCUCAUAACUGAAGAGUAAAGGUCAAACCGACUGUUUACGCCUGUGUUUUUAAUCACAAUUUCACCAGUUUUACUGUAAGUGGAGGGUUUUAAUGUGGUAAUGACAAAUCAGUGAGCAAAGCAGACGAUCAAAUCACAUCAAAUUGUUAUUGUAGCUCUGAAUCUGUGCUUUGGGCUAAAACAAGUUAGUCGGUGGAAACCCUUCUGUGUUGUUGUUAUUCCAUCCUCAUCGUCCUGUUUUAGCCUAAGUUCUAUAACAGAAGCAACAUUGCAAAACUGUUAACUCGUGGCUUUAGUAAUGAAACACUCCACUUGUAGCUUUGCUGCAGUUUGGACGCAAAGGCAGGAACAUUUCAGUGAAUAAACAGUUACUGUGUGCUAUGCUAAAACAUUUUAUUUUCAUGUAUCAUAUUUUCCUACAGUGCCUCCUAACUUUAAAACAUUGUAAAUGAUGCUAAAUAAAUAUUUGUGACAUAUUAAAA